AUGCAUAGACAGAAGAUUGCAAACUCUGGGUGGGCUGCGUUUGAUCGCAAGUGGCGCAGCGCAGAUGGCAGUGGGGAUGAAGGUGAUGCUGAUUCAUUUCCGGCUCUCUCAAGUUUUGGAGCCCCCAAUCUUGCUAGCAGCUCCAUUACAGAAAAGAAUGGGCUGAAACCAAAGCCUUUUGCUUCAGUGGUUCGCCCUUCUGUUGAUUCUGGAGCUGUUAGUACUGGACGCGGAAAUAAGCAUUCAGUUAAUGUCGACAAUGGGAAUGACGGUGCAAUCUCUGCAUCUGUUAAUAAAGUUAAGCUCUUGAAAGAUGCACACAGUUGGGCCGACAGUAAUUUAAUCGAGGAUGUACUAGCUGCUGUGAAUAAUGAUGUCAGCCAAGCAUCUGAUUUGUUGAAAGCUAUGGUCUCUCCUGACUUGCAGACUGGAGAGGGCACAACAUCUGGCCAACCUGCUGCUGUGAUGAAUAAAACACAUGGAUUACCAUCAGAAAGUGCUGCAGCAGGCAAUGCAAAUCCAGAUAGCUCACAAUUGUUGCUGCCGCCGAUGAAUUUUCCCUCUAUACCCUUGCAGCCUGAAUUCGAAGAGAUUGAUGAUGAUUACUUAAACUACCGGAAAGAUGCAUUGAAGAUGAUGAGGGCUGCCACAAAGCAUUCCCAGUCUGCCAGCAAUGCAUUCUUGAGAGGUGACCAUGCUGCUGCCAAGGAACUCUCUCUCAGAGCUCAGGAAGAGCGGGCAGCUGCUGAAAAUCUGAAUAACAAGGCAGCGGAAGAAAUAUUUCGGCUUAGGAAUAGCAAUAAUGACAUCUGGAAGAUAGACAUGCAUGGUCUUCAUGCAUCAGAGGCUGUGGCAGUAUUGGAGAGGCAUCUCCACAUGAUAGAGUUCCAGCAACCUGGGAAUAAGUCUGCUUCAACUGAGGACUUAGCUAAAUUGGAGUCUGCAUAUUCUGAAUCAACCACUGGUUCAAACAUUGAGCUUGCCACUGAGAAGGUGGUCUUACGCCGGCCUAAGCAGUCUAUCUUACAUGUGAUCACAGGGAUGGGUAACCAUAGCAAAGGGCAGGCUUCACUGCCUGUUGCCGUUAGGGGUUUCCUUAUUGAGAACGGGUAUCGAUUUGAUGAGCUGAGGCCUGGUGUUUUUGCGGUUCGUCCGAAAUUCCGCCGCAGGUGA